AUGGAGUUUGCAGCAGAACCUUUCAAAGAAUUGCUGCUGAAGAAUGCUGAAGGCGGUCAACUCAUUACAUUCUUAAAUCAGCUUGAUCAGCAGUACAAAAAUGCAAUCGAUGAAAAAGAACGUUUCGGCAUUUUACAAGUGUUAUUGCCGAUUUUCAGAGCACACGUUACACGUCUGAACGAUUAUGAGAAGGAACAAUCUUGUUUGGAUCAGUACUUACUCCAGUGGAUGCAGUCCAAUUUCUUUCAAGACUCAUUGUCUUCAACAGAGAGUGUAGCUCUAUUGGAGAGAACAGUAUCCUUUCUGAUGGGUCGUUCUUUCUUGCUAUAUUCGAAUCAACCAGCACACUUUGGACGAACAGUCUUGAUGAAUCUGCUUGCUCAGCUUUUAGCAGCUAUCGAAGCUGAAAUUGAGUUUGUGGGUCUUGAACCUUUGCGAUUUUGUGAGGAGCAUCUGCGUGAUCAAUGCGAUUGGCAUGAACUUUUGUUGUUGGUUCAAAACAGUAAUACCACAAAGCCUUUUGAUUUAGAAUGCUGUUUGGAUAUCCUCAAUUUUUUCGUCCAAGAUUUGAACGAAAAUAAUGAAUUGCAAAUACUAGAAUCAACAAGCGUCGAUCUUUAUCCUUGGAUGAAACUAAUUUAUAUAAUUGCAGUAGCCUUAAUGCCUUGUACAGAUACAAUUAUCCGCAAUAAAGUAACACAUGACUUACUACCCAAUCUACUUCGUUGGCAGCAGAGGAAGGAAGAAAAAAGCUCUGUCCAUGAAAGAACUGUUCAAUGGUGUGAGAUGUUGUGGACCCGAACAUGUCAAAUCUUUGACCUACCAGCAACAAAUCUUCUGAGAACAGAAGUCUAUGGAUUGAUUGCACGAUUCUUUCAAUUUUACUUUGGAAUGAAUGGAACGUUAGUACAUAAAGACCUUCGCUUUGAUCCUACUUUUUUUCAUAUCUUGCAGAGCGGUUUGAAAAGUAGCGACAGUGUUGCUCGCAAAUAUGCCACCUACAUAUUGAAGAGAAUCAUCGACUUCACAGCGAAGAACCCUGAUACAAUAAACAGUCAAACCGUGUGGACACGUUAUUUCAAUUGGGAUUUUGGUGACUCUAAGAAAUACAUUGACUAUUGGGAUGAUUGGUUUUUGUUAUACGAUAUUAUGCAUGAAAGCGUCAAUCACCUUGUACAGCCUGUGUUACCUAGACUUGAAACGCUACUACAUGCUGAAGAUUUUGAUGCUACUUGGUGGAUCAUUUUAUUUUAUCGAGGAUUCGAGAACGAUACAGCCUCUGUCAGGAAGGGUAUAUUAGAGUUCAUCUUUACUCGUGAAGAUCCUUUCAUAUUAAAUAAGUUGGGUACAGAGCAAGACUUUAUGUUCGGUGCGCUAUUUCGAACUGUGGAUGUGUCUGCUUUAUAUCAAGUCCCAACACAAGGAACUUUAGUGAGCCCUUUUGGCGAACACUUACGCGCUUUCAUGGUUCAUUUAGUCGAUCAUUUCGAAGAAGAUACUGACAAGAAACAAUUUUUAAAACUGUUAAGUCACCAUUUAUCCCACGCUAUUGGUAGCUAUGCACCAGUACUUUAUAUUAUGGAAGCUUUGACAGAAGUACAACCUGUUAAAGCAUGGGGUCCUGAAGAAUUGAAAUCGCUGAGAACCUUGGUAGACCGCCAUAGAAACUUCAAUAUUCAGGCAACCAAGCAAUUUUUACGACGAUUAGGCAUUUCUGCCGUCAUUCGCCUUGCUGAUACUUCCUGCUUAUCUUUCUCAGAUAUAGCCAAGACCAUAGCAUCCUUAGUGAAUGAAUAUCCUGUCAGGGCAGGAUCUGAUAACUUUAAAGCAAUUCGAUGUUGGUUAAAUAGCAUAACUGAAGACAAUCAUACAUUGCAUGAACCAUUGCAAGAGUUAGAAAAUAGAUUUAGAGCUUAUGUUGAAGAUUUAAGAACUGAAGAUAUGCCUGAGGCUGUUUUGCGUAAUCAGGCCAACGUACUUGCAAGAACGACAGUUAUUGUCAUUGCAAAUGACGAAGGAGGCGUGUGUUUGAAGAAGGUAUCCAAGCUAUUCGACAUCUUCGCACAGAAACUACGAGAUACCAGUUGUGAUAAAACUGUUUUCCAAAGACUGCUGACUUUACUAGAUGCUUUAUGGGAAAGUUUUUCUGAAAGCUAUGAUAACAAAACCAAUCUUCUAGAAUUGCUCUGCUGUAAUACAGCAGGUUUGAUUGGUAUAUUGAGUCGUAUUGAUGAAUGCUUUCUUACCAAAGAUAAGGACGCAAUUAUCGAUGCCGAUGUCAUCACUUUAUACUUAUCUGUCAUUAAGCGGGUCUUAAUGGAUGAGAAAGUGCUAAGUGGAAAAGUCAGACAAACUCUUAUCUCCAACUACUACGAUAAAUGCGUUGAUAUGUUGAAAUAUCGUACUCCGGGUUUGAACGCUGGCCAUGAGAUUGCCAAACCAGGUUAUCUCGGUCUUCUAAGCAUUGUGUACGAAUGUGCAUGCAAGUUCUCCUACUUUACGCUUGAUUGUGAUUCCACUUUGGUGUCAUUCGUCUCUUCGUUCCAAAUGAAGCGUACACAGGAAGCUUUACGCGAAAGAACAUGGGGUGAUUGUAUUUCUAUAUUCAUAUCUGCCAAAUGGAACUGUAUUCGAAACAUUGUUUGUUACGCUACUCAGGUUAAACAUAGCGAUAUUACAAGCAAAGAGAUGUUUGACCCUAUCGUUUUAUUUGAAGAAGCUGCUGAUCAACUAGAAAGUGGAUCUGAAAUGUGCGGAGAAUCCAUUAUCCGUAGCUUUGGACCUUUACUUGCUUUCCCUUGGGAGAAAACAGCAGAAAUGCUCCAUCGUUGUGUUGAUUAUGCUAUUGCUCUCAUGAAGGAAAACCUAGCACAGUCCAAAACUUUCCCCUUACUGAUCAAGGCAUUCAUGGACGUCAUUUUCCAACCUGAACUUUUGUCUGAACCAUCAUUGAACGAGGAUGAUGGUCCUAUUAAGAAAGCACUGUAUAUGGUUUUGGAAACAGGUGAAAUCAAGCCAACGAUCGUAGCUCAUGCAGCGCGCUUAUUACAUACUUAUUGGUGUACUUUUACCGAAGGAGCUCUUCAAUCCAUGAUUCAAUAUUCUAAUGAAAUAGCCAAACUUGCUGUUUUUGGCCCCUUACGUGAUCGUGAAGACCAAAAAUUGGAGGCCGCAAUCGCAUUCAAGCUAGCAGAUCCUGCAGAACUACCAGAAGCGGCAGGAACUGUCCAAACCAUUUACAGUCAGAAUGAUUAUCUUGUUCGUGUUUAUAUGAAUGAUUUACUAUUGAGACUUGAUGGAAACAAUGAGCAACACAGAAAAUUCGCGAAUAUUCUUAUUGACAAAUUGGUUAAUAUUCUUGAAACGGGCAACUUGUAUGAAUUUACCUUUGAGUCGACGAUUGAACACAGAACAAAGUUACGUGUUGGUUGUUCUUUACUGUUGGUCAUUGACUUUGCUCAAGAAGAUAAGGUCGAUGAGUACGUGGAGAUUCUGUUUGAAAUUAUGAGAAAGGAAACUGUUACGUCAGUUCGCUGUUAUUUUGAAUGGGCUAUGGUUAAACUUUUGCGUCGCUAUCCUGACCGUCUUACUUUAUUCUACGACAAAUUAUCGGAUACAAGCUUAAAGCCAAACUAUGUCAUAUCCUUACUGACAAUUACGAUAACUCUAUGCGACAUGCUUCCCGAAGAUAUUACAGAGAGCUAUUUCAACGAGAUAUUUGUACGACUCAUGCCUUGGAUGACCACUAACCACUUUACGAUCCGCUUGUUCUCUUACUGUGCCUGGAAGCGUAAUUAUCGUAGUUGUAUACAGCAUGGCUUUGGACAAAAAUUUAAGGACGAUAAAUAUUUGCAAGCCUUUAGUAAAUUCAUGGACACCUAUACGGAUAGUAUCAAAUUGGAUGAAAAGGUUCAAAAUCAAUUUUAUAUGUCAAAGUUCAACCCAAUCACAGACUUCAAUAUCGAAUUUAUCUUCAGACAGUUACCCUCAGAGUUCGAUGUCAUUGACACUGAAAAGAUUGGUUCAAAAGCAUUUUUCCGCGUGAAUCGUCAACAAGUAGAACGCUGUCCGUUUGUCAACCCUGCCCGCAAAGCUUAUUAUACUUCUGCUGACCCCUCUGAAAUGAUCGCCACUGACGAAGGAGAUAAAAAAUCUGCUGCUGAGGAAGAAAGAAACACUACUGCUGAAGGCAAUGAUGGAGCCCUCUCCGCCGAAGUAUAUCAAAAGAAGAUCAUGCCCUGGGAGAUCAUGUUAGAAACGGAUAUGGAUUUGACGAAAGACUUAGUUAAGGAAAAACGCCGUCGCAAUGAUCUGAUUGUUGUUGCAAGUUUAAUUGAUCGUUUACCCAAUCUAGCUGGUUUGUGUCGUACUUGUGAAAUCUUCAAUGCGUCACUCCUUGUCGUUCCUACACUAAAGAUAAAAGAAGACCCUGGGUUUACUGGUAUCAGUGUCUCUUCUGAACGAUGGAUGCCCAUGAUGGAAGUUCCUGAACCAGAUGUAGAGUCUUUUCUACAGUCCAAGAAAGAGGAAGGCUACACAAUAUGUGGGUUAGAACAAACGACAACAAGUGCUACUUUGGGUACCUACGAAUUUCCUGAAAAAUGCGUACUUUUGCUUGGAAAAGAGCGUCAAGGUGUACCUGCACAUCUCUUACAAAUGCUAGAUAUCACUAUCGAGAUCCCUCAAUACGGUAUUACACGUUCAUUGAAUGUCCAUGUCAGUGGUGCCAUUUGCAUUUAUGAAUACAUCAAACAGAUGCAAUGGCGGCUAAACCAGGCCAAUUAUAGCUUAGAGUAG